GGGUGUUACGUUUUCAAUUCUGGUUGACGUAAAAAAAUAUAAACAAAGUUGGCGGUAAAGAUGGAGCCCGAAAAGAGCGAAUCUUUACCCAGUGAUGAAACAAAUCAGGAGUACAGAGUACAAGUGACGUCUAAGAAACAAGUCAUCGAGCAGAUGAAUAAAUACAAAGACAUUUUGAAGACAGCUCUCAGCGGACAGACGGACGUGGCGGAGGACACGAAGCGAGUUUUACUGCAGGAGCUGCUGGCGAAUUUUGAAGCAGCUGUUCAGGACAACGUGUUGGUGAACGGACAGCCUUGGGAUGAGGCACCUGAUGUCGAAGCCGAGGAUGAGGAUCUGAAUCUGCAAAACCUGCUGGACGACGCCAUUGUUGAGACCGCCAGGAGGCGGCGUAAGUACCCGAAACAGAUCCUGCCCCAUGUGGUCCACUCCCUCAAAGCGGAACGUAAAGUCAUGGAGCUGUAUGAGCACGCAGUCAAACCUCAAGAGGUGGUCAAAGAUCCGAAACAAGAGAGCAUCAUGAACAACCUGCUGACAGCAGCUCCUGGGAUGGUGAAGCAGGCCAUCCAGGUCAUAAAGUCAAACAACAAAUUCGGGAAAAAGCCGAAGGCCCCCUUAAAAUCCUCAAAAAGAAAAGAGCCAAACCCCAUGGAAUUCAGGAAGGAACGGGCCCAAUCAACCCCCCGGGGCCCUCCUUUCCCCGGGAAACAACAAGGACAGGCACCCAAAUCAAAAAUUUUAGAAAAAUUUGCCCCGCCGCAGGGGGCACGGCCGCCCAAAAGAAACAUGGGCGGGGCCGAGCCAGAGUGCCCUUUUCCCUUUUCUACCAAAACCACGAAAUGGUGA